AUGGGCGCGAGGCUGCGGCUGCUGUGCGGCGCCGUGGCGCUGCUGAGCGCGGCGCUGCCCGGGCGCGCGGCGCCGGGCGAGGGCGAGGGCUACGCCGUGAAGCUCUGCGGGCGGGAGUUCAUCCGCGCCGUCAUCUUCACGUGCGGCGGCUCCCGCUGGAAGCGCCUCUCCCUGCUCGCCCUCGAGCCGCCGCCCGCGCACGAUUUUGUUGAAACRGCAAGUAACAAAUUACUGGGAAACCUAAAUCUGCAGUCGAUUCUGGAUCCUGACCUGGAGCAGUUGCAGAGRAGCAGCCCCCUGCUCGGAUGGGAGACAUUCAAGGACUUCUACAGCUCGAGUGACUAUAACGAGUACGUGCCCGUGUCGGACGACUUCAAAGAGCUCCUUCGCCAGGUAGAAGAAGCUGCUCAGAGGGGCAGGGGAGGAACAGGAAUCGCAGACCCAAUGGGAACAAGCAGUUUCCCCUGGGCCAAGUAUCCCAGAAGAAAACGGGAACCUCUGGGCUUGGCAGGAACGUGUUGCAAGUGGGGCUGUACGAAAGCUGAAAUUAGUGCUAUAUGCAGGGUGUAAAAUUCUCUCUGUGCUUAUUUUAGAUGCAUGGAAUCAGUGUUAGUGGCAGUGCUACUUGUUGGAGUACUGUAUGGAGAAAGAAAUUCUCUCUGUACUUUAUUUUGUCUGUAAACACCAGUAGAUGCUGCUGGUUUUCUUUGAAAAAUGAAAAAAAAAAUGUGAUUGUUUUGUUGCAGUAACUUAUGAUCUAUAUUUUUUACUAAACCUUUAGAAUUCCUAUUAAUGGCUAGUCCUUAAACUUAUAGUAGAACUCUAAUACCAUAUCUUUGUAACACUUGAAGUUCAGUGUUUCAUUAAAGAGUGAUUACACUA